CGAUAUAUACAAACAUUACGGCUUCAUUUGUUACGAAAGCAUAAAGAGAAAAUAAUAGAGAUACAAGAAAUGAUUAAACGUACCUGGUUAAAACAAUAUUUCGCAUUCAACGAGUGUGAUGAUAAAGCAAAAUGCAUGUAUUGCGAUCACAAAUUGACAAUAUUUGCCGGAACAAGGGGCUUAGAAAAUCACUUAAAAAUUUAUCAUGGCAUAAAUGAGAAUUCGAGAUCUGACGAAGGAAACGAAGGAAAUAAUGCAUAUUUAAUGGUACAACAAUCAGCGAAUAACAAAAAUGCCGUGAGUACAAAUUCUCAUGGGGCUGAAUCAUAUUCACAGAUUACAGAAAAUGAAGGAGAACAACAACGGUUUUAUUCUGGAACAGUGCAAGAUGAACAACUAUUGACGAUGAAUAUUUUGAAACCUACCUCACAAACUGAUAGUAUAUCAAAUAAUGACAUGAUUUUUGAAGAUGCUCUUCAUAAGAUAAAUACAGAAAUUGAAAGAAUUAUCGAAAAUACAGAAAUAAAUGGACAAUCGGUAAAUGAACAUAUUAAUGCAAGUACAGGUUUUAAUCAAAUUUGCACAGAAUCGCAAACCACAGAGUAUGAAAAAAAUCAAUGGCUUUAUUAUUGGACAGUGUAAGAUGACCAACUAUAUUGACGGUGAAUACUUCGAAUACGUUACAAACCGAUAGAACAUCAAAUUAUGACAUUUUUGACACAGACGCACGUCAUGACACAAACUAUUGUUUAACUAAUGCAGAAAUUGAACAGAAUAAGUGAAGGAAUUAUAGCAGAUAAAGGAUAUAACGAUUGAUAGAAUUUAAUGCGAAUGCAAGUCAUCAAACUGGCGAAGAAUUGCAAAGCUCAGAGUAUGAAGGAAA